AUGUUGCGAUUAAUUAACGCUGUGGCAUGGAUAGCAAUUAUAGUCACUGCGCAAAGCACACCACAACCAUACCUACGGACGCCAUCUUCCCGACAACUGGCCUGGCAUCAACUUGAAUAUUACGCAUUCGUUCAUUUCGGACCCAACACCUUCACCAACGAAGAAUGGGGACGCAGCCAAAGCACACCGGAUGUGUUCAAUCCCACAGCAUUAGACACAGAUCAAUGGGCAAAAAGCUUCGCGGACGCGGGCAUGGCAGGCAUGAUUCUUACUGCGAAGCACCACGACGGCAUGGCGUUAUGGGACACUAACACAACAACAUACAAGAUCGGGGACGGAAAGUGGGCAAAAGAUCGUAUCGCGGCAGGACUCAGCGCAGAUGUAGUGCGCAUGGCUGCUGCAUCGGCGCUGAAGUAUGACAUCAAUUUUGGCAUAUAUCUUUCGCCGUGGGACAUCCAUCGCGACCCAGCCAUGCCGAAGCCCAACCUCACUGGAACACUCUACGACGAACCCCAGAUCUUUGGCGACAACACCACAGGCGACUACAACGACUUGUACGCACGUCAAUUGACAGAGCUUGUGACCUUGCAAUACGACAACGGCUCUCGAAUUUCACUGUUUGAACUCUGGCUUGACGGUGCAAGUGGUUCGGAUACAGUGCAGACAUUCGACUGGGCAAAAUUCCGUGACAUCAUCCGCGAGAACCAGCCAGGUGCGGUGAUGUGGGGUCACCAAGGUGUGGAUGCUAGGUGGGUUGGCAACGAGGAUGGCUACACGGUGCCGACGAACUGGCAUACGAUUAGUAGGACGCAGGAUCAAACGCAUUACGAAGGCGACAAGCUGCAGACUGGGGUGCGUGAUGGGCUGUACUGGACGCCUGCGGAAUCUGAUGCGCGAAUCCGCGAUGGCUGGUUCUGGCAUGCAAACGAGAAGCCCAAGUCGGUCAAUGCACUGAUGCAAAUGUACAUGGAAUGCGUGGGACGAAGUGUCAAUUUGCUGCUCGAUGUACCACCGGACACUACAGGACAAAUCCCCGAGGAAGAUCUGGAGACUCUUCUACAAUUCAGAGAGCAACGUGAUGCCUUCUUGAAGCGCCCACUGCUUACUCCCGACCUCGAUGUAAGCGCAAGCAGCGUGCGCGAAGGAGACAGCAAGCAAUACGGUCCGGCCAAUGUGCUUGACGGCCGCACUGAGACUUAUUGGGCGAUGAACGACAAUGAAACGACCGGAGUAUUGGAAAUCCGCCUCGAUGGUACGUACAGCAUCGAUGCGGUCAUAAUGCAAGAGCAAAUCGCUCUCGGCCAGCGCGUUGGUGGUUACUUGAUCGAUGCAGGUGUUGAUGGGGCCUAUAGGACGAUUGUCAAUGGCACAUCAUUGGGAUACAAGCGCAUAUGGAUUCUGAAUUCAAGUGUUGAAGCGAACAGUCUUCGGCUGCAAAUUCUUCAGUCAAAUGCAACGCCGUUGAUUAGCAGCGUGCAAGCGCUUGGGGUAAAGCAGUGA